AUGAUGAGUGAACAACAAGUACAAUCAAUUGAAAAUUUUCAAAUCAAUGGUAAUAUAGAUCAUCAUACAAAUAAAAUUAAUAAUGAAAUACAAACAACUUCAACUCAUUCAACAUUACGUCAUACACGUUUUUUUCGUACAAAACGACAACAACGUUUAGAUGAAAAUCAAACGCCUACUAACGGACAAACCAAAAUAGAAAUCUCCACAUGUACUAUAACAAAAACUAUUGAAAAAAUUAAAACAAGAUCUUCAUCACCACCUCCUCCUUCUCCAUCAAUAAUUGUCAAUGAAUCUGAUGAUAGUGAUGAAAGUGAUUCUUCAAUAGAAUUUAAUAAUAUACCACAAAUUGUUAUAACUGAAGCAAGACAAUCUAUAACAACUAUUAAUAGUGGUUUUCAAUUAAAAAAAUCUAAUUCAGUUAAAUUAACACGUGUCAGUGAAAAUAAUUCAUGUCAAAAAAAAGCUGUUCGUUUUGCUGAUGAUUUUGGUUUAGAUUUAAGUCAAAUUAAAAUGAUUCAAACAGAUGAAUUACCUUCUAUACCUAAUACAGCAUUUAAACAUUUAUGUAUUAGUAAUGAACAAUAUUGUUCAACAACAUUAAAUUAUGAACGUGAAAAAUUAAUUACUUAUAUGGAACAACAAUUUGAAAAUCCUAUCUAUACACAAAAUUUUAAUGAUUGUGUAUCACGAAAUAAAGUUCUUCUUGAACAAGCUAAUGCUAUUGAUAAUCGAAUUUAUGGUACAGUUAAAGUAGUUUCAUUGAGUUUACAAAAACAAGUUAAAAUACGUUUAACAACUGAUAAUUGGAUAUCAUUUAAAGAUUAUGAUGCAAUAUAUAUAUCUAAUUCAUAUGAUGGUAUUUAUGAUCGAUUUUCAUUUAUGAUUGAAAUUGAUCGUUCUAGAAUAUGUGCUGGAAAUAAUAUACAAUUUUGUAUUUGCUACGAAUCAUUUGUUAGUCCAGAUUGUUGGGAUAAUAAUUAUGAUCGAAAUUAUCGAUUUGAUUGUUUGUCACGAACAAUACCAGAUUAUAGUGUUUAG